AUGGCGGCUGCUGAAGCAAACACUCCAGCAAGGACGGACAAGACCAAGGAAAUCUUCCAGCGGUGGGACGUUCACGGCACCGGGGUCAUCACCCGAAAGAGGCUCACGGAGCUGCUGACGGAGGUGGCUGGCAAGAGCGUCACCGAGGAGGAGAUCGAGCGCUGCAUCGCCGAGGCAGACAAGAAUAAGAACGGGAUCAUCGAGUACAACGAGUUCAUCGAGUGGCUUCAACAACCCAUGGGCACCGUGCGCAUGGGCAGCCGGGGCUUGGAAUACUUCGACCUGGAGGCAUGCGUUCGCCCGCUCUACGAUGUCUACGACCAGAACGGAGACGGGGAGAUUUCCAUGGACGAGUUCAUUCAGUGCCAGACGAUUCUUCAGAAUUCCCUGGGGCUGAAGAGCAGCGUCUCCUUAGAGGAGCAGUUCAAGAAGGAGUUCGGCGCCAAAGGCGCGAGCUCGGCGGUGCUCAGCAACGAUCCCAAGCAGCUCUUCCUGACCGUGGAUGAGGACAAGAGCCGCAGCAUCACCUUCAAGGAGUUCCUGGAUUGGCAGCGCGCGCAGCUGGUGGCGGCGCGGACCCCUUCCAAGGAGCUGGAGGAGCUGCUGCCGGCCUUGGCGCGGCAGCUGAAGCGGGUCUUCAAGUUCGACGAGGAGUCGGAGGAGAGAGAGUGUGACUCGAGGGUCUUGCAGCGCAUCGUCGACAAUCUGGCCAAGUUCUGCGUGGAGAUUUGGUCCGAGAAGCAGGGGGAGGUGCAACCUGCGAAGCCUUUGGCCACGAUCACUGGAAAGGUCAGGCACUACACCAAUCGAUGGUCGGAGCCACCGGUGGGCCUGAACAUCAAGAAGCUCAAGGCAAAGUACUUGGCGACGGAGUCGUGCAUGAGCAGCAGCAGAGUUUUAGACAACAUGGACCUGGACCUCAUGGUCAUACCACAGCUUCAGGAAGGAGAGGAGAUCAACCCGCGCAGCCGUAUCUGGCUGGCGCAGAUCAUCCAGAAGGUCACAAUGCGAGAUGGGAAGGUGCGGUCCGACGAUCCAGUGUACUACGAGUUUACCUCUUUGUCCUGGAACAAGACGUCAGACGCGGUCUUCAAAUUUCACACCGCCUACGAUGCGUUGCCGCCGGAGCUGCGGAUGUUCUCGCUACUGAAGGCAGAGGCUGACUUUGGCAAUAAGCUGACCUGGAGCCAGAUCCAGCGUGUCUUCACCAGGACCAAGAGCCACGGGAUCCUGACGGUGGCGCAGCACCAGGAGUACAACGCCGCCAUGGAGCUGAGAGUGACGAAGGCCUUGAAGGAGGAGGACCUUCUGUCCGGGCUGACUCAAGAAGAGGCCAAGAGAAAGGUUCAGGACAAUCUGGUUGCAAUCACGCAGAGGCCACAAGACAUCAUGGCAAUGCUGAGUGACCUGAAGAUGCUGCAGGUGAGCUCUGUGUGGGCGGAUUUUAUGACAAAGUGA